AGAACUUGAACAACAAAUGAUUGAGGAAGAGGAGGCGGCACCAGAGCCAAAACCCAGGUCAUUAACUGUGAAAGGCUGUCAGAGGGUUUUACUCAUCUGGAGAGAGCCUUGGCUUCUUUUGAGGCAGAAGACCCUAACGUUUCUAGGUUUGACAAAAUCAAGAGAGGAAUCAUGGAUUUGGUGACUUUCUACAAGGAGACCCUGAAGGAGAAGCAGACGAAGAGAAGUGUGCAGUCCAGGCUUGACACUUUCUUUCACAAGUCUCCAGUACCACCACCUCCCACUCCUAGUCCUGAAGUGGUGACAGUUCCAGAUCCCCCUGUACUACCUGUGACAGUUCCAGAUCUCCCUGUACUACCUGUGACAGUUCCAGAUCUCCCUGUACUACCUGUGACAGUUCCAGAUCCCCCUGUACCUGGACCCUCUGUAUCAGCCCGCCCACCUGCACGUGUACAAUCAGACCCCUUUGAUAGUGACAGUGACCCAGAUGACCCUGAGCCUUUCCAUGGUUUUGAUGCCUCGCCCUAUACAUCAGAUGUAGAUGUUCCCUCAUCAGUUGAUACAAGUAUCACCUCCCCAGAGCCCAAAUCAGGUUUGAUACGAGUAGUAUCACCUCUCCCAUUCCUUCAGACUCCCAAGCACCUGCCCAUCCCACUCCAUAGCCCAGCCACCCACUCUCAUGUACCAUAUGACCAUCCCAGUAAGCAAGCCAACCACUAGAAUUUGAUUGGCAUGCACCUGUGACUUACAUAAACCAGACCUCUACAUAGCCUACAUGUCUUCAUUUUGCUGGAGACUGCCCAUCAUCCUAGCCUGUUAUCUGUGAUAAAGCACACUGAAGUUAGGUUUGGAAUGCAUCCUUAUCAUGAAUGCUCUACACCUCCACCUCCAUCUCCCACAACCUAGGUAACAGCUUUGAGACUCACUAAAAGUUGAACCCCCUGAAUGAUGUAGGCUAUGGGGCCACAUAAGACUUUGUCCAUCCAGGGUUACGAUGAAUGCAAAAUAUAAACUAAAGAACCCCCUGAAUGAUGUAGGCUAUGGGGCCACAUAAGACUUUGUCCAUCCAGGGUUACGAUGAAUGCAAAAUUUAAACUAAAGGUAAGGAAUUAAUUAACAUACAUUAACUAAGUUUUAUACAUGUUAUAUAUGUGAUAUUAAACCACUGUAUGGUGCAUAUUACUGUAUGUAACUUACUAUGAAUAGAGUA